AUGGAGCUUGCGGCGGUUGAAGCCUUUGGAACCUCGGCUAAGCUGUUCCCCCGGCCCUCGUUUGCAGACGCCUUCGCUGCGGUGCAACAGCAAGACGCAGACUAUGCGAUCGUGCCCGUCGAGAACUCAACCAAUGGUUCGGUCGUGCAGACCCUCGACCUCCUCGCAGACCCGGACGGCGCCUAUCAGGAUGUCCAAGUAUGCGGGGAGCACUACCUGACCGUGCACCAUUGCCUCCUGGCCCGGAAGGGGGUCAUCCCCGCGGGCGAAAAAGACUAUAGCGCCAUCACCAAACUCUACACACACCCGCAGGCCUGGGGCCAGUGCGAGAUCUUCCUCCGGAAGCACUUCAAGGGCGUCGAGCGCCAAGACGUGUCGUCGACGUCCAAGGGCGCCGAAAUCGUCGCGAAGGAAACCGACGAGCCUAGCGCCGCCAUCGCGAGUCGCUUCGCCGCCGAGACCCACGGCCUGGAGGUCGUGGAAGAGAACAUCGAGGACACCGCCAACAACACAACGCGCUUCCUGGUGCUCCGCAAUAUCCAAUCAAACCGGACGAGCCAGCGGUCCUUUGAUGAUAUCCGCGCGUCCCAGGCAGCGAGUCCCGGCCCCCAGGCCAAACACAAGACGCUGAUCACCUUCAUGCUGCGCGAAGAUGCCCCCGGCGCUCUGGCGGACGCGCUGUUGGUUUUCAAGCAGCACGGCCUGAAUCUCACCAGUAUCAACUCGAGGCCCAGCCAGAAGGUGAAUUGGAAAUAUAUUUUCUUGGUCGAAUGCCAAGGGGUGUCAUCUGAUAACGACGACGCCGCCGGGAGGGUUGUCGCCGAUUUGCAGCGAGUCGCGGAAGCUUGUCGAUACUGGGGCACCUGGACGAACCGGCUCCCGUCUGUUGAUCAGUGA